UUUUAGAUCCUAGUUUCCUCACAAUUUUGAUAUGGCGAAUCAAGAUGAAAUCCGAGCCCCACUCAUCGCUCAAACUGUUGAUGAAAAACAUGAAAGCAUCAAGCAGAGCAACUUCAUGGUUUAUCUCAGCACCUUCGUUGCUGUUUGUGGCUCUUUCGCGUUUGGAUCAUGCGCGGGUUACUCCUCGCCUACUCAAUCAGCCAUCACAGAGGAUCUAAAUCUGUCCUUGGCUGAGUACUCAUUGUUUGGAUCAAUCUUGACAUUUGGUGCAAUGAUCGGGGCGAUCACGAGUGGACCGAUAGCGGAUUUUGUUGGCCGAAAAGGGGCAUUGAGGGUAUCGAGUUUUUUCUGUUCAGUGGGUUGGCUAGCGAUUUACUUUGCUGUGGGGCCUGUGGCUUUGGAUAUCGGAAGACUAGCAACAGGAUAUGGGAUGGGAGUAUUUUCGUAUGUUGUACCCGUGUUUAUAGCUGAAAUCGCGCCAAAAGAUCUACGAGGCUCGUUGACAGCAGCAAAUCAGCUUAUGAUCGUUGCAGCCGUGUCGCUAUCAUUUGUGAUUGGAAACGUGACGCCAUGGAGGAUAUUGGCCUUGACAGGAGUUGUUCCAUGCAUUGUUUUGGUGACGGGAUUGUUUUUCAUACCCGAGUCUCCAAGAUGGCUGGCUAAGACAGGGAACCAUAAAGAGUUUCAGGCUGCACUUAGGAAACUUAGGGGGAAAGAUGCCGAUAUAUCCGAAGAAGCCGCUGAAAUCCAGGAUUAUAUAGAAACACUUGAAAAGCUUCCGAAAGCCAAACUAUUGGAUCUAUUUCAGAAAAGAUACUUGCGAUCUGUCAUUAUAGGAGUGGGGCUAAUGGUUUGCCAACAAUUUGGGGGAAUCAAUGGUAUUUGUUUCUACACAAGCAGCAUUUUCGAGUCUGCAGGAUUUCCUGCGGAUCUUGGUACAAUAAUCUAUGCGUUGUUACAGAUCGUUAUUACUGCACUAAAUGCACUCUUUGUAGAUAAAGCCGGUAGAAAGCCGCUUUUAUUGGUUUCGGCAAUGGGAUUGGUUAUGGGAUGUCUGUUAACUGCGCUUUCUUUCUACUUGAAGACUUAUGAAAUUGGACUAUCAGCAGUACCUGCACUUGCUGUUACCGGCAUACUGUUAUAUAUUGGGUCAUUUUCAGCUGGAAUGGGAGCAAUUCCAUGGGUUAUAAUGUCGGAGAUAUUCCCGAUCAAUAUAAAAGGAGCGGCUGGAAGCCUUGCGACUCUGGUAAACUGGUUUGGUGCGUGGGCAAUCUCAUUCACCUUCAACUUUCUCUUGAGCUGGAGUUCAUACGGGACAUUCAUCAUUUACGCCGCGAUAAAUGCGUGUGCCCUUGUGUUUGUGAUAAAGAUGGUACCUGAAACAAAAGGAAGAACAUUGGAGCAGAUACAAGCUGCCAUUAAUGGCUAGAAGCGACAUAAAAUCGACCUCGUUCUGACUUGUUGUUUCCCAGCGCUUUUGUUUAUUUUUUUAGGUUUUUAAGUUUUUGAAUUUUUCUACCUUAAACGGGUGAUUAAGUGAAGGAGAUGUUGAGAAGAACCACCCAAUCUGAAUGCGACCAUACAUAUUUGAUUAUCUAGGAAUUAGGCGAAGACGACGCAUCCAAAUCUUCCAAAUUUAAGAGUCUAUUUUGAGACUUUGGCUAGAGCAAUCCAUGAGUAACCUCAGUGAAC